AUGUGUCAUCUAUACAUCUCUCAAUUGUCCAGCAAUUGUCCUUCGUCCCGACUAAAGAGGUUCUUCUUUGCCUCAUAA